AUGCUGUCCGGCGACAUCCCCCCGAACCAGACCAUCUACCUCAACAACCUCAACGAGAAGGUCAAGAAAGAAGAGUUGAAGAGAUCGCUUUAUGCCCUGUGCUCACAGUAUGGAAGGAUAAUGGAUGUGGUGGCCCUGAAAACUCAAAAAUUGAGGGGGCAAGCAUGGGUGGUGUUUAGCGAAAUUACAGCUGCUACCAAUGCUUUCCGUGGAUUGCAAGACUUCGAUUUCUAUGGCAAAAAAAUGCGAGUACAAUAUGCAAAAACAAAAUCAGAUUGUAUUGCAAAAGAAGAUGGUACUUAUGCUCCUAAGGAGAAAAGGAAGAAGCAAGAGGAGAAAGCUGCUGAGAAAAAACGACGAGCAGAAGAGGCACAACAAGCUGGCCCCAAUGCUUCUGCUGCCCAAAGCAAUGGAACUGGCUAUCAAGCGUCUCGUCUGGGCAAGGUUUCGCAAGAGCCACCUGCUCCUCCGAACAACAUCCUCUUCAUCCAGAACUUGCCAGACCAGACCACGAGCAUGAUGCUCCAGAUCCUGUUCCAGCAGUACCCUGGCUUCAGGGAAGUCCGGAUGAUCGAAGCCAAACCAGGCAUUGCUUUUGUGGAGUUUGAGGACGACGGCCAGUCCAUGGUCGCGAUGCAGGCUCUCCAAGGCUUCAAGAUCACCCCAGAGAACCCCAUGGCUAUAUCCUAUGCCAAAAAAUGA